UCCAUGUGACGCAGUUUCCGUAAGCGAGAAGCGUGCGAACUGAGAGUGUGCUGCGUUUAUUGGCGGCUUGAAUCGUCAACGAGGAGCCGGUAGUCGUCAUGUCUGACAACGAGGACAACUUUGAUGGAGAUGAUUUUGAUGAUGUUGAAGAGGAUGAGGGACUUGAUGACUUGGAUCACGCAGAGGAGGAGGACCAGGAGAACGUAGCAAUCUUGCCUGCUGGAGAGGGCCAACAAGCCAACCAGAAACGUAUUACCACCAACUAUAUGACAAAAUAUGAGAGGGCACGUGUGCUUGGAACCAGGGCUCUACAGAUAGCGAUGUGUGCACCUGUCAUGGUGGAGCUGGAAGGAGAAACUGACCCUCUUCUCAUUGCUAUGAAGGAGCUUAAAGCCAGGAAGAUUCCUAUAAUCAUCAGACGCUAUUUGCCUGAUGGCAGUUAUGAAGACUGGGGGGUGGAUGAACUCAUCAUUACAGAUUGACACCUCAAGAGGCCAUCCGACUUUCCCCGUCUCAUUGAGGCGUUACUGAUUUUACCAAUCCUUUCCACUCUGACUCUUGCUGUUGUACAUAAUUUCAUAUUUUUAUGUAAAUGAUAUUUAAUAAAAUCCAAAAACCCUAAUAA